AUGGAUAUCGGGGCUGUUGGUAUGAGCUAUACGUGGUUCAGAAAUUGUCAAGGGCGGCUUCCUGUGCACAAGCGGUUGGAUAGAGCGUUGGCCUCCUUGGCAUGGCGUUUGGCGUUUCUGGAAGGGGGCGCUGAAGUCCUCCCUAGACUGCAUUCGGAUCACAGUGCGAUCUUGUUGAGGUGCGGCAAGAAAAUGGAGAAUAGGGGUGGAAGACCCUUUCGUUUCGAAGCAGCGUGGACUAGACACCCUUUAUACAAAGAGGUGGUUCAUGAUGCUUGGCUUAAAGGUGGCCCGACCAUUCCAGAAUCCCUUCAUGAGGUGAGAGUGGAUUCUUUGGAUUUCAAUAGGAGAACUUUUGGGAACAUAUUCCGCAGAAAGAGACAUGUGGAGAAUUGUAUGGCCUCCCUCCAGCAUAGGCUUGAAACGGUUGAUUCUAUUGCUCUCCUCAAUCGGUUAGAUGCUUUGAGGAAGGAGCAUAUCAUUCGCCGGAAGAGGAAUAGAAUCGUGGGGCUAAAUUUACCAAAUGGUGCUUGGUGUGAUGAUGCUGAUGCGCUUCAGACAGGUGCUAUUGAGUACUUUAAAGCUUUGUUUGCAGAUUCUAUGAAUGUUGAUACUUCUUGUUUGAUCACCCCCAAUCUGCCUACUAUCCCGGAGCAACAUGUGUUGAAUCUUGUGCGGGAGGUAACUAAGGAAGAAGUUUUCAUGGCUCUGCAGCAUAUAGGUUCCUUUAAGGCUCCUGGGCCGGAUGGCUUUCAUGCGGUUUUCUAUAAAACCUAUUGGGAUGUGGUUGGUGAUAAAGUCUUCCAAUGCAUCAGGAAUGUGUUUGAGACACAACAGUUUGACCCUGCCCUUGGUGAAACUCUUAUUGUGCUAAUUCCAAAGAUUGAUUGCCCCCUCUCCUUUAAAGAUUUUAGACCUAUCAGUUUGUGUAACGUGAUUUACAAACUGAUAACUAAAAUUCUGGUCAACAGAAUUAGACCUUGCUUGAAUGAGAUCAUUAGCCCCAAUCAGAGCAGCUUCAUCCCGGGUAGAUGUACAAGUGAUAAUGCAAUAGCUCUUCAGGAGAUUGUGUAUUAUCAGCAGAAAGCCCGUAGGAAGAGUGGAAACCUAGUCUUUAAGUUGGAUCUUGAGAAGGCUUAUGACCGGGUGAAUUGGUCCUUUUUAGAGGAAACGUUGGUAGCCUCCGGGUUCCCACCGACGUGUGUUAGACUUAUUAUGUUUUGUGUGACAGCCUCUCAACUCUCUAUCUUGUGGAAUGGUGAGAGGCUACAAUCCUUUUCUGCGAAGAGAGGCUUGAGACAAGGUGAUCCUCUUUCCCCGUACCUGUUUGUGCUUUGCAUGGAAAGAUUUAGUUCCGCCAUCUCUACUACUGUGAUGGAUGGAAGAUGGGAUCCUGUUUGUACGGUGCGGAAUGGUCCAGACUUAUCCCACCUAUUUUUCGCGGAUGAUGUGCUUCUCUUCAUUAAAGACAAGGAGAGUCAGGUGAAACUUUUAAAGGAAAUGUUGGAUAAUUUUUGUAAAGCUUCUGGUUUGAAGGUGAAUGAGGCUAAGUCUAAAAUUCUAGCGUACUCAGGUUUUCAAUUUACUGUGGACAUUGGUAGAUACCUGGGAUUUCCUAUCUUCCAGAAACGGGUUACAAAGGAGGAUUUUAAUUUCAUCUUUGAUCGAAUUAAUUCUCGCUUGGCGGAUUGGAAGUGCAAGCUCCUCAACAAAGCUGGGAGGCUCACUCUAGCUCAAUCAGUUAUUUCCGCGAUGUCAUCCUACUGCAUGAGUCAAGUUUGGGUGCCUCAACGUGUGUGUGACAAACUAGAUUCGGUAAUUAAAAACUUUGUGUGGAAGAACAGAGAUGGUAGAGGUAUUAACUUGGUCGGCUGGGAUAAAGUUGCUCUUCCUAAACGUUUUGGAGGCCUGGGACUUCAAAAAGCUAGAGGUCACAACAUCGCAUUGCUGGUUUUGAAGCUAGGGUUUGAGUUCAAGAUUGGUGACGAGUUAUCCUCUUUCUGGUUUUCAUCGUGGUGCACAACCCAACCUUUGGGCCAGCUAGUGCAGUUCGUUAAUUACCAUGACACGGAGGCUCGAAUAAAAGAUGUUUGGGAUGGAGAUAGGUGGAGGUUGGAUCGAUUGUGGACGGUGCUUCCAGAUGACCUUACUGCCAGGGUUAAUAUGUUCCCUGCCCGUGUUAACUCCCAUGUUCCUGAUGGGAUUAGAUGGACAGGUCAUGUUAGUGGCGAGUAUUCGACGUCGACGGGGUACAAUUGGAUCAUUAGCCAGCGGAUGGCCGUCGAUGGUGUUCUUCCUGGUACCCACUCGAGUUGGAGUUGGAUUUGGAGGUUGAAGAUCCCCUUAAAGUGCAUGAUGCUCAUCUGGUUGGCUUUGCAGGAUGCGCUUCCCACUAACUUUUGGAGGUUCAAGCGUGGUAUGGCCUCCUCUGCUGCGUGUGUUCGCUGCAAUGGUGGGGAGGAGACUGUGCUUCAUUGCCUCCGGGAUUGUCCCGCAGCUUGGAGGGUCUGGAUUUUGAUGGGUUUUGAUACCUCUGAUACAAGAUUCUACAACAUGGACUGCCAAAGGUGGCUGCGUGAUUUGAUGUAUGGAUCAAGCUCUAUGGCAGUAGCUACUCUUUGGUGGAUUUGGCGCGCCAGAAACGCGUUCUGCAUGGAGAAUCUCACCUUGAAUGAUCAGUUUUUGGGUUCUCAUAUUGCUGUCAUGGGUGACGAGAUUAGCCGUUGGAUUGCUAACUCCGAGAGUGGUUCUUCAUCCUCCCCGCAUCUGGUUCGUUGGCAACCUCGUGACCCUAACUGCUUGGUGAUCAACGUAGAUGGGAGCGUGAGGGGUGAUCCGUGCAAGGGUGGGUUUGGAGGUUGCUUCCGUAGUGGCUUUGGCCAAUGGCACGGGGGUUUCUACGAGUUCUUCAAUGACCCAACAAUUUUGCAUCUUGAGUUACUAGCCAUAUUUCAUGAGUUAACUUUGGCUUGGGACCGUGGUGUGCGCGCAGUGGAAUGCCAAUCUGACUCCCUUGAUGCUGUUAAGUUGGAAUCCUCUGGUCCUCCUUUGAGGCACGCUUUUGCCUCUCUCAUUUGGGAUAUUAAGGAUCUUCUCAAUCGCCCUUGGCAGGUGGCCUUAUACCACACGCUUAGGGAAGGAAAUGCUUGUGCAGACUUCUUGGCGAAGCAUGGAGCGGAGCAGGAUUUGCCUUUAGUAGUUAUUGAGCACCCCUUGGUGGGCAUGAAUUUUCUAGUGUUGGCCGAUGCCUUGGGAGUCUCCUCCGUGAGACCUUAG